CAUUCCACCCCACACCUUUCGCUUGCUGCCGACUUGCGCGGGCUUGCAACUUCUCUCUUCGCCGAGCCUCCUUUAGUCGUGGAUGCUGCAGAUCUUUCGUGGCGUGUUUGCUCGGAGUGUAGGCCCAGCGCGUCAGAACCUAGCGUUGCCGGCGGCCAAUAAGGCUUUCUCUGCAGCGUCCGCAGCUAUCUGCUGGCCCCCUGUGCCCGCUGUGAAGCUUACUGAGCAGCAGGCAAAAAGCCGUGCUCAUUUCCCCAAUCUGAUCGUCGUCGAGAGCGCAGCCAACCCCGACACCAUGGCCACCGCGACCGCCCCCGCGCUGAACAAGCGCAUCGGCUUCCUGGGCAGUGGUCAGAUGGCCGAGGCGCUCGCGCGCGGCCUUAUGAAGCGCGGCCUGGUCAGCGGUGAGCACAUCGCCUGCAACGACCCCAACCCCGCCCGCACCAACCUCUUCAAGAGCUUUGGCGCGACCCCCUACGAGUCCAACGCCGACGUGGCCCGCAACGCCGACGUGAUCUUUGUGGCCGUCAAGCCGCAGCACGUGGCGCAGGUGCUGAGCGAGGUGCGGCCGGUGCUGACGGAGGGACACACCGUGGUGUCCAUCGCGGCCGGCAUCACCAUUGACAAGCUGGUGGAGGCUGCCGGCCCGGACGCGCACGUGGUGCGUGUGAUGCCCAACACGCCCUGCCUGGUGGGCGAGACGGCGGCGGCCAUGUGCCUGGGCGGCAAGGCCAACGCCGACGACGAGACGCUGGUCCGCACCAUCUUCGAGGCGGUGGGCAAGAUCUACACGGUGGACGAGAAGCUGCUGGCGGCGGUGACGGGGCUGUCGGGCAGCGGGCCCGCCUACGUGUUCCUCAUGAUCGAGGCGCUGGCGGACGGAGGCGUGCGCGCAGGCCUGCCCCGCGACAUCGCGCAGGCGCUGGCGGCCCAGACGGUGCUGGGCAGCGCCAAGAUGGUGAUGGAGACCGGCACGCACCCGGGCGCCCUCAAGGACAUGGUCACCUCGCCCGCCGGCACCACCAUUGCCGGUGUGCACGAGCUGGAGCGCGCCGGCAUCCGCGCCGCCUUCAUGAACGCCGUGGUGGCCGCCACUGACCGCGCCAACCAGCUGUCCAAGAUGUAGGCGGGCUGGCGGGCGGUGUAGGCGGGCGGGAUGGCAGCCUUGCAAGCAGGCACCACCGCCGUCAUCUCAGUCGCCGCCAUGGCUUCCGCAACAGCGGGCGCUGGCGAGAGGUGGCGGUCAUGGGCAGCUGGCGAGAGCGGGCCGACAGAAGGCAGAGGGCAGAUGACGCUGGUUGGGAGGAAGGUGGGAGCGGGGUGGGAGCUACCAGCAGCGGCAGCUCAUUCGGGCAGCUAGUGGAAAGGACGGAGCAGCAGCAGCAGCAGCAGCAGCAGUGACGAUGCUGCAGGAAGUAGAGCAAGUGGGUUGCAUGGUUGAAGCCCAUGGGAAUGGCAUUGGGGGUUUGGAUGCCCCAUGUCUGUUGCGCAAGGGGCGGUCCGGACGCCGCCGUUCCGUUACCUUAUAAGCUAUAAGCAGGGGCGUGCGUGGUGUGGUGUGAUAGUUCCUUUGGGCUUGCGGUCGACGCCUUUCAUCGGUUUGUCGAUCAGCCAGAGAAUUGAAUUGAGGUUGCGUGUGGGGCGGGAAUUUAGGUAACAAGUUCAGGCUAAAACAGCUAAGGCGUUUCGGGCAAAGCAUCUAAGUCGUGUCGUCAAGUCUCUACUAGGGGACAACGGACGAUGUAUAAAGGAGCAGGUGCAGGAUAGGCUGGAGGGCUGGUCGAGUCCACAUUUGGUGUGCGGGUGCAAGCACAUUCGCGCAAUUGCGCGUACGAACGCGGCCUUUGUAGGCCAGCGGUAUAUGUUCGUAAGCACAGCCAGAAUGUUUCUGGUAAAGUUCCGCCAUAUAACUGUAACACCCUGCGU